AAGUUGCUGAUUCCGUUCCAGUCAGGAACAAAAUUAUUCUUAGGUUUAGUUUCCUUUUUCAUCGGUAUGCGGUGGUGUGACUGGGUUUUAGAAGAAGAUGGCAGAUAUGUUGACUCUUUUCGCCUCCAUAGGACUAAGUGAUCAGAAAGCCAAGGAAACUUUGAAAAAUGAAUCACUCAGCGUGGCGCUCAAGCAAGCAAUUUCUCGGGCUCAAGAGAUCCUGGGGCCCGCGGGUGUGGACAAAGCCAUGGGUACGCUGCUGUACAGCAUGGCCUCUCGUCUGAAGGAUGCCCAUCACCUUCGUUUCCUCACUGAACAAAUCGUCCACCGCAAGAUCACUACAGAUUUGCAGCUGUCAGCUGCUCUGGAUUUUCUGAAGAAUCAUUCUCAGGGUGCCGUCGUUCAGGAGGAUUUUGACGCCGCGUGUGGUGUUGGAGUUGUCAUCACCCCAGAGCAGAUCGAGGAUGCGGUGGAGGUGGUGAUCAAUAAACACAAAGAUCAGCUUCUCAAAGAGAGAUAUCGCUUCAACAUGGGACUGCUGAUGGGUGAGGUCAUGCGCACAGCCUGUCUUAAGAUGAUGCCGGGCAGUCUGCAUGUUAUAUACCGGGGUGCGGCUCCGGUCUUGUUGAUGCUGCAAUCAGACAUGGCGCAGAAAAGUAUUAAUCUGGUUCCUACUCUUUUUAGGUGUAUUUAUCCAACCUAUGAUUACACACACUGCCUGUGUGACUCAAUCGAGAACAUCUCUCACUCCCUGUGUACCAAAGAGUUUCAGGCCAGGCGUUCCUCCUACUACUGGCUAUGCAACGCCCUGGACGUGUAUUGCCCUGUGCAGUGGGAAUAUGGCCGCCUUAACCUCACCUACACCGUUGUCUCCAAAAGGAAGAUCAUCAAGCUGGUGGAGACGGGGGCCGUCAGGGACUGGGAUGACCCGCGUCUUUUCACACUGACCGCUUUGAGGAGGAGGGGCUUCCCUUCACAGGCCAUCAACAACUUUUGUGCACGGGUUGGCGUGACCGUUGCCCAGACAACAAUGGAGCCUCACAUGUUGGAGGCCUGCGUGAGGGACGUGCUCAACGACACGGCCCCACGUGUCAUGGCCGUGCUUGAGCCGCUCAAGGUCACCAUCACGAACCUGCCCCAUGACAUGGAGACUCAGAUUCGGGUCCCAGAUUUCCCAGCCGAUGAGGCGCGAGGCAGUCACACCGUUCCUUUCACACGUACCAUCUACAUCGAGCGCGCCGACUUCAGAGAGGUAAUGGAGAAGGGCUACAAGCGACUGACCCCUGAUCAGCCAGUGGGUCUCAGGCAUGCUGGCUAUGUCAUCACCCUCCAGCGGGCCAUUAAGGAUGAAAAUGGAAAGGUGGUAGAGCUGGAGGUCACUUGCUCGAGCACGGUCACAGCCGAGAAGCCCAAAGCCUUCGUUCACUGGGUCAGCCGGCCUCUGCAGUGUGAAGUCCGCCUGUAUGAGCGCCUAUUUCUGCAUAGUCACCCGGAAGAUCCACAAGUAGUGCCUGGGGGGUUUCUGAGCGACAUCAACCCUGAUUCCCUGCAGGUGAUUGACAAUGCCAUAGUGGAUCGUUCAGUCAGUGGAGCGAAGGUGUUUGAUAAGUUCCAGUUUGAGAGACUGGGCUACUUCUCCAUGGACCCCGACAGCACCAAGGAGAAGCUGGUUUUCAACAGGACAGUGACACUGAAAGAAGAUCCAGGAAAGAUCUGAUUUGGUACUUGUUGACAUAUCAGUCAAGACCUUUUUUUAGUUCCGGAACCUUUUUCUCCUGAAUUUGUACUUUUUCUCUGGUCUGGAGUCUAUGAGCCCAGUUACUGUCCCUGCCUUAUAUUUACUAAUGUUGCAUAGCGUUUAGCCACCUGGACACCUGGCAAGCUUGCAUCUUUGAAUUAUGGUAAUAAAAUAUAAAUAAAUAUUGGUUUUGUUUUUAAAUUAUGAA